AUUCAGCAGCCCAUGACACUCGCAGAAUCGAAGAAGGAUGACGCGGGUGCCGCAGGUCGAAAUGAUCUUGCGGCUGGACAUCGGCGUCAACAGCUUUCGCUUCAUUGGAAAAACACCGGAGUUCCAACUCGGUUGUGUGGCACACUGCGCAACGACGCGCAGCACGACGGUGUUGGAACAAAUCGAGUGGGUCGUGUACAAGUCGUUUGAAGAAUGCCAGGUCUUUGACGCACGCAUGCGCACGGGUCCGUUAUCUGCGUGCAUGACCUUGAUCCCUUUCGUACCUCUGUACAAGACGAAGACAUUCUUUGGGCAGUCGAUGAAACCUGCCUUUCUCGCCACCCGGCAGCGCGAUCUACAAGAAUAUUUUGCGCGGAUCACGGGGAUCCCUGGGGUUACGCAUUUCCAAACUCCUGAAGGGUCGACCUCGCUCGCCGAGUUUGUCCUUGUGCAUGCGCAUGUGUCGUUCGACCGACCAGUCUUAGGAGAUCCAUCGUCAUCGCUCGUCACUCGUCGCCAUGCGUCAUUAUCGAAUGCGGCGCUUCCAUCUUUGUUGGUCACUCCCGUGGACGACCCGCCACGAAUGGAAGUUGGGACUCCGCGAACUUCCGACGAAUCGUCGGCGUCGUCGUCGGACGACGAAUUGCAUCUGACUGAAGCCCAGCAAGAGGAACUCCAGGAACUCAUCUUCCAACGUAUCACCGAUCAUGCUGGUGCUGACUCUGUCAAAGCGUUCCAGAAGCGCGCGAGGCGAUUUGGCAAGGCAGCUGUCGAGGAUACGCCGUCGAGUGGCGUCGACUUUUAUACGUUCAUGGUGGACCAAUUUGGAAUCGAGUUUUGCCAGUGGCUCGUGCCGAGCUUGGCAGCGCUGCUCCCAGACAAACAAAAGCGACAUGCGCUGAUGAAGGCUAUGACGCAGUUUGCAGUACGAGCGCAGCCCCAAACUUUGCCCGAGCUAGCCAUGCUGCCUCCGACACAUACAACGUGGACUGGGACAACUUCUAUUCCAGCUGUAGGGGGUCACGUUGAAGGCGAAGCUCCGCUACAGCGUCUGUCGGGUCGGGUGCGCCCUGCAAGUGAAGCUGCCAUCCCUUCUUCCCGCGGCACACGAACUCCAUCGAGGUGCCGUCCUCAAAGUCUCAACGCCAAGCAGGUUCUCGCCAAGGUGCGUGACCUCGUCGACGGGGAUGAAGCGCGCGUGGAAGAGUUCCGACACAUGACCAAAGAACUUCGUGCGUAUCGCACGUCACCGGCGCAGUACGCGCAGUUUGUUGUGCAUUCCUUCGGCGCAGAUGUGUCAAAGGAUGUGUUGAUGUCAGUGGCCGAGGCGAUGGGGGACAACCAAAUCCAGGAGGACCUGCAGGCUGCUGCCACCGCGGCUAGCGAGCCCCGGCCAUCGCUUGGAGCGUCAUUCCAGCAUAAGCGAGAGCUAUCCAGGCGCAAGAGCUUUGAGCGUUCUCAGUCGUACAGUCGACGGUCGUUGUUCAUCACAAGUUUUGGCACGUUUGAAGAUGCUCACGAUGUACUUGAAGAACACGAGGUUGAGAAGCAAGCGCCGCAACGCGUUCUGGGCGACGAGGAAGAUGCUCGAGAUGCCCCAAAAGACAACAAGAUCCUAAGUCGAUUGCGGCACCAGGGCGCGGUAAACCUGAUGAGUUUCAAAACGUAAGUGAGGAGGGGGUGUUUGGUUCAAUAUAAGUGCGUCCAUACAUAUGUAGUGUUUGUGCAGUACAGAUGAGAGUAUUUUGUAACAUGUUCUGUG